AUGUAUCAAAGAUGGAUACAAUCUUUUAGUUCGACAGAGGUGGAGAAAAUAUCCUGCACAAUCGAGAUCCAAGCAGCAUUUGUUCUCUCCUCGGUUGUGACCUUCUUUGGUGGACUCAUCAUCUUAAUAACUUUCAGAUUAUUAUUGAAAUGCUUAAGAAAAUGUCAAAGAGUCAAGGGGGCAGGAAUAGUCUUGGAACUGUCCUUAGGUAGCAUUGCUCAUAACCCCUUGAGAAGGCUUCAUUUUUAUGGAGUGUUUCGCAAUCGUAUAGAAAUAUUGCUUUCCGCACAGACCUUUGUGGGGCAGGUGUUGGCGAUUGCUGUCUUCGUACUAAGCAUUGGGUCUCUCAUAAUCUAUUUCAUCAAUUCCACUCACCCUGUUGGAAAGUGUUCUUUAUAUGAAGAUAAAACCAUGACGGUUGAUUUGCUUUUCAAUGCUUUCUUUACUUUUUAUUUUGGGUUGAGGUUUUGGGCAGCUACUGACAAGAUCAAGUUCUGGUUGGAGAUGAACUCGAUAGUAGACAUUUUUACCAUUCCGCCAAUCUUUAUAUCUUAUCAUUUGAAAAGUAAUUGGCUAGGUUUAAGGUUCCUAAGAGCUCUGAGAUUGCUAGAACUCCCUCAAAUCUUGCAAAUUCUAAGAGUUACCAAGACCAGUAAUUCACUGAAGCUUUCCAAGCUGUUGUCAGUAAUGAUCAGUACCUGGUUUACAGCUGCAGGAUUCCUUCACCUGGUAGAAAAUUCUGGUGAUCCCUGGCUGAAAGGUAGAAAUUCACAGACUCUAUCCUAUUUUGAGUCCAUUUACCUGGUCACGGCAACAAUGUCGACUGUUGGCUUUGGGGAUGUGGUGGCCAAGACCUCCCUAGGACGGAUCUUCAUCGUUUUCUUCACCCUGGGGAGUUUGGUACUAUUUGCAAACUUCAUUCCUGAAAUGGUGGAACUUUUUGUUAGCAAGAAGAAAUAUACCAGGCCCUAUCAAGUGGUCAAAGGAAAGAAGUUCAUUGUGGUCUGUGGAAAUAUCACUGUGGACAGUGUGACUGCCUUACUAAGGAAUUUUCUCUGCCACAAGUCAGGAGAAAUCAAUACUGAGAUUGUUUUCCUUGGAGAGACCAAUCCAUCCUUGGAACUGGAAACUAUAUUUAAAUGCUACUUGGCCUAUACAACUUUUGUAUGUGGAUCUGCGCUGAAGUGUGAGGAUCUGAAACGAGUUGGAGUGGAGUAUGCCGAGGCUUGCUUGAUUGUAGCCAACUCUCUGUGCAGCAACUUUCAUGAGGAAGACACUUCAAACAUUAUGAGGGUGCUGUCCAUCAAGAACUAUUACCCGCAGACUAGAGUUAUCAUACAGAUUCUUCAAUCCCACAACAAGGUUUUCCUGCCCAAAAUUCCCAGCUGGAACUGGAAUGCUGGAGACAAUAUCAUCUGCUUUGCUGAAUUAAACCUUGGAUUUAUUGCACAAGGCUGUUUGGUGCCAGGCUUGUGUACCUUUCUUACAUCUCUAUUUGUUGAACAAACCCAAAAGGUUUUUCCUAAAAAACCCUGGCAAAAACACUUCUUGAAUGGCUUGAAGAACAAAAUUCUGACUCAGCGUCUCUCUGAUGACUUUGUUGGAAUGACUUUCCCUGAAGUCUCCCGGCUCUGCUUUAUGAAGAUGCAUCUUCUGCUGAUAGCCAUCCAACAGCAAAACCUCUUCCGUGGCUGUUGCAGUGGUCUGAUACUAAACCCGCCACCACAAGUUAGGCUGCAAAGGAACACAUUAGGGUUCUUCAUUGCUGAAUCUCUGAAAGAUGUCAAAAGAGCCGCCUUUUACUGUUCGACCUGUCACGGUGACGUGUGUAAUCCCGAGCUAAUUUCAAAAUGCAGCUGCAAAGCUCGAAGCCAACGUCAUCACUUAGGGACAAAAAUCAUGGCAAUGAAUACAAGCAUGAACGAAUUCUCCACUCCAGUAACACAGCAAUCUUCAACUACGCACACAAGUAUGUUAAGCUUCAUGAGCUCUGCCACUAGCAAUCACAUAUAUGAGUCAUUGCAAGAUUCGGAACUGCUCGAUACCAGUGGCAUGUUUCACUGGUGCAAGACGAUACCUUUGGAAAAGGUGAUAUUGAAACGAACCGACAAGCUAAAAUAUGAAUUUCAGAACCACAUUGUAGCAUGUGUAUUUGGAGAUGCCCACUCAACCCUGAUGGGUCUUCGGAACUUUGUGAUGCCCCUGAGAGCCAGCAACUAUACCCGGAAGGAGCUCAAGGACAUUGUGUUCAUUGGAUCUUUGGAUUACUUGAAGAGAGAAUGGCCAUUUCUUCAGAAUUUCCCCCAGUUAUACAUUAUGCCUGGGUCUGCGCUCUAUUCUGGAGAUUUGUAUGCAGUCAACAUAGAGCACUGCUCCAUGUGUGUUAUCUUAGCUACGCCAAUCAAGCAGCCAAGCAGCCAGUCACUGGUGGACUCUGAGACCAUCAUGGCCACUCUAAACGUUGGGUCCUUGCAGGUCAACUGCUCUGCCAAGAUGCCAGCCGAGUUCUGUAAGCUGUUGAUUCGUGUUUGUCUUUCUUUUCUGCUUUGCUGCUGCUUACGUGUGUUCUCUGCAGAAGGGACUGAAUUUCAUACAUGUGAAAACAGUGCUAAUUGCCGGCAAGUUCCCAUCCUCACUGAACUGAAGAAUCCUUCCAACAUCCACUUCAUCGAGCAGAUUGGUGGCCUGGAAGGGCCGUUCACAAGCACCAGCCUGCUUCUCAGCACUGCCUUUUCCACGGGCGCUGUCUUUUCAGGCAACUUCUUGGAUUCCCUCCUGGCCUCGGCCUUCUACAACUAUCAUGUCCUGGAUUUUCUUCAGAUGCUGGUAACAGGAGGGAUAAGCUUCCAGGGGGAACACCAUUUGGUUAAGGAAAAGUUCUGUACAAUGCAUGACAGCUCCUGCACAUUAAUGUCUUCGAGGACGCGGUGUAAGCUGGGACUUCUGUCUUUAGACAAAACCAUUUUAUCAGAAAUUAAACCAAGGACAACCUUUGGACAACUGUUCUGUGGCUCCUUGGAUAAUCUUGGCAUCCUGUGUGUUGGCUUAUACCGUAUGAUAGAUGAAGAGGAGCGCGACCCACAACGAAAAAGGGGAGUGUUUGUGAUUACGCGGCCAGCCAACGAGUUUCUUCUGCUGCCCUCAGAUCUUGUGUUUUGUGCCAUUCCUUUCAACAUUGCCUAUUACAAAAACAACGAUGUUUCUUCAUCUCAGAUUCUAGAUGAGAUUACAAAUGCUAUUUCAGUGAAAACAGAGAAACAGCCAGAUACAAGCCAUCCCCUCACUGUGGAUAUACUGAGAGAGGGAAAGCAUCCAUUUUUCCACGCACGAGUACAUUCUUUGGAACUAAACUACGAUGAUAAUGUUAAAUAA